AGGCCUGGGCACGAACCUCUUUGUUCAACGGCUCGCCGUGUUCACAUCCAACCUGCUGCCCCUCACUCCCCUUGCUGACCUGCAUAUUCACCAGAACUGGCUGUAUGGCACAAUUCCCACCGCCCUCAUUGCCCUUCCCAACCUCUACUGGAU